GGCGUGCUCACCGUUGCGCGUCCGAGUUUUCUGGUGCGCGCGCGCUUCGCUCGAGAUCAGCCUCGGCCAGUCGCCGCCUGAUUUUUCACCGGGGCAACACCCACGCUAGUAGCUUUUCGCGUCAAGUGAGUGCGGGAGCCACCGCGGCCGGAAAAAAAGUAAAGUUCGAAAGUUCACGCCAGAUUUCGGCGGGAAUCUCGCGAUGAGCCGAGACGACCCGGAGUGCGCAGAGUACGGAUGAAGAGUCGGACGAAGAGGGAAGACGAUAAGGCUUAAAAUGGGGGCGGUAGCGUCUGCCCGAAUGGGGCAAAAGGAGAGCAAGUCCAAUGACCUGGAAGGUCAGAAAGGAGGGGGCAACGGAGAGCCGCCCAAGCCCCCCAGCAAUAUUCCUCCGGAGAAGGCGAAACGACCUGUCGAACGCAGAUACUCCAACGUCUGGGCUAUCAGAAAUCGGACACGAGUUCUGAGGAGCGCCAGUGUGCGGGACUUGGAGAGUCGGUGGAAAAAUGAAACAGGCUUUUUCGAGGAGGUUCUCCUUACCUCCCCGCAUCAACAGCCGGAACUGAUACCACGUGCAAGACUCCGACAAAGGACGCUUCUCUCAGAAAUUUUCAGGGACGCAAUCUUGGAAGAAGAGUGGGUGAGUCGACUGCGAGUUAAGGGAGACAAAAUGUCGGAGUCACCGAUUGAGAAGAAUCAAGACGAGAAAAUAGACCAACAAAAAUCCUCAAACCAAGUGAGAAGCGAGAGCGGAAUUCGGUCUCCGGAGCUGCGCAUGCGCGCCGAAGUGAUCACGGUGGAGAGCGAGAGUUUGGGGAGCUUGAGCGACUGCGACACGGAGCCGAGCACCUACGCCACGUGCUGCUCCGAAUGCGAGCGCUCCGAGGACCAGAACCCGACCACCAUCCCCGCGCACCCCAACAACCUCCCCCGCCGCCCACGCAACGACACCCCCCACCUCGACGGCGACCACGGCCCCGACACCAAUAACAACAAGGAUCCCGGGAAGCGAGGGGCGGAGCGUAGGGAGCGGACCCAGGAGAGCCGGCUCCACGAAGCCAUGAACUACCAGGUCAAGACCAAUCCAAAAUCAGGUAAAAAGCUCGAGGGUGAGGAGAUGCACAUCAAAAUCACGGAGACGAAAGAAAACAUCAAGGCUAUCACAACCAUCCAUCUCUUCCACACGCCCGACCAUUCCUCGGAGAUCGAGGGCAACGUCAGCCGCAAGAAGAGACUCUUCACGCCGAACAAAAAACCGACCGAGACCGGAAGCGGCGGCAAGUACCGGAAACUGUUCUACGAGCUCCCGGAUACGUCAACCGGUACACAUUUCGCGGAAGAGGAGUUCGUGUACGAACCCCGCUUCCGCACGACCACCACGAAGCUGGUCAUGAAGGCGCGGAGCAUGAUCAACCUCAACGACGAGGACCAAGCGAACGGGGAGUACAUGGCCGCUGCAAGCCCGGAUCGCACAUCGGGGGUGAGGAGUUCGAAAAGCUUCCGGGAUAUCCAGCGGCACAAGUCAGAGCCGGAUCUGGACGCCAUCCGAACCGCGAGAGAGAGCGCCAAGCGUUUCGAUUUCAAGGACGCCGGUCACUGCCAGCACUUGCACUCGGAGUCAAGCGAUCGGGUGGCAGCGGAGAAUAUGAAAAACCUCGCAAAAGACGAGAAUAGAAACAUAUUAAACCUUACGGACCAUUCACGUAGCGGGACGAACACGAACCAUCCGGCCCGAGGGACCAAAACCUACGAUUUCGCCCGGGGCGCGUCGACGCUCCCGAAGGCUCGAGCUGACGAGACCAGAUCCGGAGAGUGCUGGAUCACCGGAGCGACCUUCAAAACCCCGACAGAGGUCAAGCCUGAGAAUUUCCAUUGGGGCACGUGUCCCCGCCGCGAUAGGUUCUGCUUCUACUACCCGCGGAAACGCAACCGGGAGAUAAUCGACGACGAGCUGCCCGAUCCGGACAAAGUCAAGGACAUACGGAAGAAGUUCGAGCAGACCAUCAAAACGGAGCACGCGAGCCAGACGUCGCCGAGACCCCCGUGCGGGAACCGGAAGAGCCACUUCAACACGUGGUCGCCGACGUACCACACGUACCCGACCGUCGAGAUCACGCAGAAGAGUCACAAGCUCUCGGAGUCUCCCAAGUACCGCUACUGGUCGGACACGACGAGCGUCUCGUCCGGAGUAGCCAGCGAUUUCAGCUGCGAAACAGACUCGGAGUCUAGUCCCAGGGCGGAGACGCUCGACACCUACCACAGGAGCGAGUCGGAUCCCGGACAGCCCGUCUCCGCCGACACGCUGAAGAAGAUCCGGGCGUGCGGGACGUCGACGACCUACUACGGCGGCCGCGUCAUCGCCUGCGACAAAGGGACCGUCCGGAGCCCCAUGACGAUGACCAUCAUGGACGAGAUCAGGCAGAACAUCAAGGAUAACGAGGUUAACCUCCAGUUGGGCAUCAAGUCGCUCCAGAACAAAUACAGCGGCAUGAAGUUCAAGCUUGUCAAAAGCAACAGCUGCGGCAGCAGGUUGGAACUGACAGGCACCAAUGCGAGCAGGCUCCGGAGGCAAAACCAACAGGAGAAGAGAUUAGAAAGGCUAGAGAGCGUAAGUGAGAACGACCUAACGAAUCCCGGUCACGAGCGGAAGGAAAACACAACGCACUAUCCGCCUGAAGACACCAAUUUAGACAAGAGAUCUUGUUCGGAGUGUAGCUUACCCCAGGAAAGAAAGCAAGACGUAGUUGAAGAGUCUUUCAAGUGUAGCAUACUUCAAGAGAAUCAACAAGACGCAGCUGAGGAGUCCCCCCCGAAGUGCAGUUUACCCCAGGAGAGGGAACAAGAAGUUCCUGAGGAGUCUCAUUACCAUUCGGAUUACAAUUCGAUCUGUCUCAUUGAGAACGGCGAGGUCCAGACCUCGGCUCAGCCGGGCGAUCUGAGGGAUUUCAUCCGGGCCAAAGGGCAGAGCACGAGGGACAUCGUGAAAGCCUUCGAGUCGGCGGCCCACAAGGAGGAGACGCCAACUGCGCCUUGGAGGAGCCUCGUGGAGUCCCGACGGCAGGCCAACCGAAUGGCAGAAGUCAAACGCGCUCCUCUCUUCGACGAGAUGGAGUUCGAGGAAUUCGAGGUCCUCGACGAGUCAGCUGCCAGAAUGAACGCGAACCAAAGCAGUCCGCCCGUCGUCAUAGAACAAAGCUCGUGAUAACAGAGCGAUAAGUUCCUUUUGAAGUUUAAGACGAAUGCUGCCGUGCUAGGGAAAAACACCAUAAGAACUAUCAGGCGUUGCCAAAUUUCCUUUUAAUAAAACACGAAUUUCCUGAUGAACUAAUGAAUAUUUUCCUUCACAUUUUUCCGA